AUAUAACCAAUCAUAAAGAAAAUGAGAGCUGUGUUUGUAGCAGUCAUUUUGGGAUGUUUAGUAGCUGCGUCAUAUGGAAAAUUGGACAGGAGUAAAUUUCCACCACAAGUUUUGGAAAAUCUUAAUGAAUGGCAUAACAAAUGUAAAAGAAUGACUGGAACUACAGAGGAAGAUAUUACGGCAAUGAUUAAUGGACGUUUUCCAGAAAAUAUUGCCAUUAAGCGAUAUACUUACUGUUUGUGGGAUAUUAUAUUUGGUAUCAAAAAAGGCUUUAACAUAGAUAUUGAGAAAACAUGGCAUUAUCUACCAAAUAUGCACAAAGCUGACUAUAUAAAUUACGCCCUAUGCUACAAAAAAGCAAAGGAAACUCCUGGAGAUGACUGGGUCGAGAAAAUCUGGCAGAUGCAAAAAUGUAGCCAAAAGAGAAUCGAUGACGCUCAUUACAUGUUUGCCUAAUCGCCUAAUGACUACUUAAACUCUACCGAUAUAGACCCGCUGAAAUCCCAUUGCUAUUUGAUAAUAAUAUGUAAAAAAAUUAAAUAAAUGAUAAUAAAACCUA